AUGGCGGUGGCUUUCCAUGGUUCUGGUGUUGAUGUCCAACUGAAGUCGGAAAUCGGUGCCACCUUCAACCACGAGUCACCUGCGAGGUACCUCCUCCUCUCCUGA